UUUCAAUUUUAUUAUCAGCCAUGUCACAACAAAAACUACAAGCUUUUGAAGAUUUUAUAAAAAUUUGUAAAAAUGAUGACAAUUUACACAAACAUUUUUUGCAAUUUAUGAUGCAACGUAGAUGUACCCCGAAUCGGCGAAACUUUUUUGGAAUUUUGCAAUAAUGAUGACGCUACCGAAGAAAAAACAAGAAAUUUGGACAAAUUGGACCCCGACCAAAACAGACAGGCAAUGAAAGCCCUUCGAAAGGCCAUAGAUCCAAUGCUUCAUCGCGUAGGAAUGUAUAUUGUCCACAUUGCUGACGAAUAUUCUCGAAAUAUGGAAUAUUGGGUUUUGGCCUCUGAUUUAAACUUUGCUCCAAGUCUUUUACAAGCCAGUUCCCUUCAAAAAGAUGAACUUUCAAUGUUCCAUUUUUGGUUAAAAUUAAUGUUUCUUGAAUACAAAAAUGAAGAAGAAGAUGAGGAAGACUCUGCUGUUGAAGAUGUUUCUCAACGUGAAGAACCCAGGAAAGGAACAGGCGGGGAAUUGAGCCAAAACAAAGUUUUUCUAUUUGCAAAAAAGAAAGGGUGGACUGCUGUUAGAACUCAAAAACUGAUAGAUAAAUUGUGGAAACAACAACGAUGGAUUAGAGUAAUGAAAGGAGAUGUACAUAAUCUAAGUCGAAAUAAGCGAAGAUCUAACAAAGUUGGAGAUGAUCAAUCAAUUAUUCGACUCCAUCCAUGUGCAAUGGUAGAGAUGGAACCACUACUUUUCCAGCUUAACGUCCCAAAAUGUGUUCUAUGCAAACGGCCUAUUGUUGUCAGUAGAUUGUCUUAUACUUGUGAAGGUUGUGGGUCUUGUUAUCAUGCUAAUUGUAUGCUGAGAGAAAUGGAGUUCCCAGCCAAAUGUUCCGGACAAAACUGCGGACAAGAACUCGAUGAAGAAAUUAUUGACGAAUUCGAAUUUGAUGUAGACCAUGAAUAUAUACCUCCUAGACGAAGUCAAACUGGAAUGAGUACAAGUCGACGUAGUGUCGCAGACAGUCAUCGUCAACCUUUUCCUUCGUUGAGAGAUUAAU